AUGAAAACUGCCUGGCAGCGCCUUAUCCGCUUUGAGGCCACCGACGGCCGCCUCUUGUAUGGCGAGCCCAUCCUUCCCCAUCCCAACUUUGAUCUGGGAGAGACAGUGGAAGAGACGAGACUGCAGGCGCAAGUGAUCGUGGGCGACGAUCUCUACGACACUACCGGGGCCACUCGAGUGACCGACGAGGUGGUGACGGUGAAGGAGCUCCUGGGGCCCUUGACUGCAAGGAAUGUCCCCAUCGUGAGAUGCAUUGGACUGAACUACUUGACACACAUCAACGAGACCGGCCAGAGCUCGCCCCCGUAUCCGACCAUGUUCAUCAAACCGUCCCAUGCGGUCCACGACCACGGUCGGAAUGUGGUCAUCCCCAAGAUUGCGCAAGACGAACAAACCGACUACGAAGGAGAGCUGUGCGUCGUCCUCGGUAAGGACGCCAAAGACGUCGCGGAGGAGGACGCCCUCGAGUACGUGGCCGGCUACACGGUUGGGAACGAUAUCUCCGCGAGGAAGCUACAGCUACACGCCCACCUGGCUGGCCCUAAGCCCCAAGCCUGUUUUUCCAAAGGAUUCGACACGUUCGCGCCGCUUGGCCCGGCCCUGGUGGGAUCAAGCGUUAUUCCCGAUCCGUCCACGUUGGUAUUGCAGACGCGGAUUGAUGGCGACCUGCGCCAGGAGGGCAGUCUGGAUGAUCUAGCCUUUACGAUCCCGUAUUUGAUCCACUAUUUGUCGUCGGGGACGACGCUGGAGAAAGGCAGUGUGAUCAUGACCGGGACACCUGGAGGCGUGGGAUGGCACCUCACCCCUCGGAGGGCUUUGAUGCCCGGGACGAGAAUGGAGGUUUAUGUGUCAAGCAUUGGGACGUUGAGAAAUGGUAUUGAACACGCCGCAUAG